CACACUUUUACGACUCCAGCUGUGCGGAUCAAAAAAUUAUAAUCAGAAUCAGUAUUAUUACGCACAUAACUCCCCAAGCCAAGCGAACGAAAUCAAAAGAUAAGCUUCUGCAUUUCGGCCGGUCAAACAGAAAAACAAAGAAAAUAAUUUUACGCACGGAAAAAGCUCAAAAAAGUGUUGCGGCAAUUGGACAGGAAAAAAGUUACCCAUUGCAAACUGCAAUGAUAUCGUAAAUUCGAAGGCCUAUCUCUCUGGCAACCAUAUUCAAAUCGACCCUUUAUCACUUUCGGAAAGCAUAAGCCAAAAACGUCGCAAAAAUGAAACUGAAACGCUGGCGGCACAAGCGUAAAUAGUUAUUUGCCUACAGAUAACCGAAGGAGAAAGACAUUCCCUUUACAGCUGAAAAAUAAACAUAGUUCGUUUGGAAAACAUUCGAAAAUAAGUCGGAAAAUCAUGCUGGGUCGCACCCAAAAACUGCUGCUGGGCAUAUCAAUACUGAUACUAGUCGAUGUGGUUUGGGUUUCCUCCAGCGAGCUGACAAAGUUUCUGUAUAAUGAGGCCAACUUUGACAAGCCUUUCUUCUGCACUUACUUCAAAACAUCUAUGUUUAGCAUUUACCUGCUAGUCAUUGGUAUCCUGGCGCCUUGGAAAGAGUCCUGCGAGCGACAAAAUGGAAACUAUGCUAUGAUGGAACAGAAUGCUGAUGACGAGAACUACUACACCAAUCAGGCUGUUUUAGGAGAUCCCACCUACGUGCCCAUCAGAUCGCCGCAUUCGGGAGCCCCAGCCACUAAUGGCACCUCGAACUCUUUAUCCGGCACCGAAAGCGAUGACUCCAGUGUGCGCAGUGUGCGAUUCAGCAAAAUGGCUGAGGUUAGGGAGAUGUCCGCCCAUGAAGCCACCGAUGCUCUAAUGGCCAGGCUUUCCUAUGCAGCCAGUUUGAGGAUUAGGAGGCAGAAGACCCACCACAAGACGGCCAAGACUGCGCUGUUGUUUUGCCUGCUAUGGUUCGUGGCCAAUUACUUCUUUCAAUUGGCCCUGGAAAUGGACGAGACGGCCAUGAUAACGCUGGUCAGCUCCACGUCGUCGUUCUUCAUUAUCUGUCUGGCGGCCGUGUUUCCCUCAGCAACGGGUGAUAAGUUGACCAUCACCAAGGUGAUUGCGGUGUCCAUGAAUAUUGGCGGCAUUGUGGCCAUUACCAUGAACGAUCUCCACGACACAAAGAUGACGCGAGGCGUCCUUUUGGCCCUGUUCAGUGCUUUCUUCUACGCCGCCUAUCUGGUUUUCGUUAAGCGAAAAAGCGAUACAGAGGAAAAGGUUGAUAUACCUUUGUUUUUCGGUUUUGUUGGCUUAUGGAAUCUGCUGCUACUGUGGCCGAUAUUCUUUAUUCUGCACUUCACCAAGAUCGAGACCUUUGAGCUGCCCAGUCAGGGUCAGUUUGCCCUACUUUUUCUGAACGGAUUAAUUGGCACGGUGUUAGCCGAAGCACUUUGGUUGUGGGGCUGCUUUCUCACCUCCUCGUUGAUUGGCACACUGGCCAUGUCACUGCAGAUUCCGCUGGCCAUCCUGUUCGAUGUCCUGCUCAAGAACAAGCCGUAUUCCCCGAUGUUCUACAUGGGUUCGAUACCCAUUUUCCUGGCCCUGAUUCUCGUAUCGCUGCUGAUGCGAAACGACGAUUCCGAUCCACUGAUGAAGCUCUUUAGAAUUGUAUAUAGAAAAGUCUGCCGUUGCCAUAAGCCAAGUAUUGUGAGGGUCAACGAUGACGAGCAGCAGGAGUCGCUGAUUAGCAACAGCGAAUAAACGCACCGAUGGUCGGAGGCUUUUUUGAGAAAAUCGCGCUUCUACACACUUUGAAUGUUGCUCAUUGCAAUGCAAUCUAAAACUUGGCUGUUCACGAGUUCGUUUCGAAUCGUUCUUUAAUCUAUAGGGACAAGUCCUGCACAAUUCCCUCUUUGCCCUAAUUUGUGUUUCUCAUUUGUGCAUUUUCCGUUGGAUAUUAUUAUGUUGCGAUCUUACGUACAACUAUUUAUUAUAAUCUUACAAGUGUAUUCUCUGUAAAUAGCUUUAGCUCCCACGAAUACCGUUUAUCUAUGUGAUAGUCUACAAACGUUUUGCUGAAGUCCACCUAUAAUUUAUUGUAUUUUCUCGGUAUUCACACUGCGCUUAGCUGUAUAAUUGUUGACUUCUCAAUACAAGUGAAUAUAAGAAGACACAUACACAUAUUGAUAACUAAUAACAAUAAAUAAAAUUUGUCUACCGUAAGCUUAAAAAGGGAUUGUGUAAAACUCUGCCUAAAGCAAAUAUACAUAGAAUCCAUCAGUAAAGUAAAA